AUGGCCGAUCAAGACGUGGAUUUGGACUCGAUCAUUGAUAGAUUGUUGGAGGUGAGGGGCAGCCGGCCUGGCAAGCAGGUUCAGCUUCUGGAGUCGGAGAUCCGUUAUCUUUGCACCAAGGCUCGGGAAAUCUUCAUCUCCCAGCCCAUACUGCUGGAAUUGGAGGCACCCAUCAAGAUCUGCGGUGAUAUCCACGGCCAGUACUACGAUCUUCUGCGUCUUUUCGAAUACGGUGGCUUCCCGCCCGAGGCCAACUACCUGUUCCUGGGUGACUAUGUUGACCGUGGAAAGCAGUCGCUUGAGACCAUCUGCCUCCUUUUGGCUUACAAGAUCAAAUACCCCGAGAACUUCUUCGUUCUCCGUGGUAACCACGAGUGUGCGUCCAUCAACCGUAUCUAUGGUUUCUACGAUGAGUGCAAGCGGCGGUACAACAUUAAGCUGUGGAAGACUUUCACGGAUUGCUUCAACUGCCUCCCCAUUGCGGCUAUCAUCGAUGAGAAGAUCUUCACCAUGCACGGAGGUCUGAGUCCCGACUUGAACUCGAUGGAACAGAUCCGUCGUGUUAUGCGCCCCACUGAUAUUCCCGACUGCGGUCUUCUUUGCGACUUGCUCUGGUCCGAUCCCGAUAAGGACAUCACUGGCUGGAGCGAGAACGAUCGGGGUGUAUCCUUCACAUUCGGUCCGGACGUCGUGUCGCGGUUCCUUCAGAAGCAUGAUAUGGACCUGAUAUGUCGCGCACACCAAGUCGUCGAGGAUGGCUAUGAGUUUUUCUCCAAGAGACAGCUGGUUACGCUAUUUAGUGCUCCCAACUACUGUGGCGAGUUCGACAACGCUGGUGCGAUGAUGAGCGUCGACGAGAGCCUACUUUGUUCCUUCCAGAUCUUGAAGCCAGCAGAAAAGAAACAAAAGUACGUUUACGGGGGCAUGAGCUCAGGCAGGCCCAUCACUCCUCCGCGAAAGCAAAAGAAGAAGUAA